UUACUUUAACUGAAAACCCCUUACUCAAUCUCUUCGCAAGCCAUUUAAGAGAAAAAUCGCCGGCCAUUUUCUCAACCAAAAAAGUAACCCUCAUAUUAUACACUCUCAUCCGUAAGCCAUUUAAGAGAAAAAUUGCCGACCACAUUCUCAACCAAAACAACUAGAUAAUUUCUUCAUUUUGGAAAGGAACUAUGGAAACUAGAGGUCGCAAUCGACUGGUAAUUGAACAAAAUAAUGAUGAAGAUGUGCGAUCUUAUAUUGAGCAAUUGAUGGAUGGUCAAAACUACUUUAGAGCCCAACCAUAUGUUGAGCAGUUGAUGGAUGAUCAGAAUUACUCUAAAGCCCAAGCACAUGAUGGUCAAUCUAAUGAGUCGAAUAGUUCUGCUGGUGGCAUUUAGAUUCAACAUAAUGACGAUUCAGAGACGUACACAAACAAAUAGAAAUAACAGGGCCAAGCAAACGAGACCUCGCGCAAGAGGAUCCAAAAGUAUUGCUACCUUGAUGAAUGAGCAGGUUGUAAAUGGGAAAGAGCCUACACAAGCAGGAAUUUUCAUAUUAACUCAUAAAAACGUAAGGAUGGUUGACCAAUGGAUGAUGAUUCUGCCAAGACAAUCGUACAAAUAUGGCUCUCAACAAUGAUCCUCUCGGUAACUUGCCUUUGGGGGAGGAAGUGGACGAUUACCAAGGUGAUGAGGUUCCUCUUGAACCUCAAGCAAAUAGGUGAGGCCGACCACCUCAUGACAAUAUUCCCGUCCCACCCCCGCUUCCACCAAGAGCGGCUCCACACCGGGUGUUGCCAAACAAGGGAUAUGCAAGUGCUAUAGUCCGCCGUCGCAUUAGGGUGGGUAACUUCUAAAUCACCAAUGUUAUGCUCACAUUGCUAGAGCAACAUGGAUUCUUCACCGGGGCUCCGAGUCAAAAUGCAUACAAGCACUUGAAAGGGUUUGUGGACACUUGCUGGGGGAGUAAAUAGACCAACGUCUCCUAGGAUGCUCUAAGGUUGAGGCUAUUUCCCUUUUUUCUAUGGGAGAAAGCCUUGGAUUGGUUAGAAUGAUUGUCAAACCAUUUUAUAUGUACAUGGGAUGAAUUGGCGGAGAAAUUCAUUGACAAGUUCUUUUCUCUCGGGCAUAUGGCUACUCUUCGGGAUGAGAUUCUAGCAUUCAAGAAAGAACCCAAUGAGCUUUUGCACGAGAUUUGGGAGAGGUACCAUACUAUGGUGAAAGAGUGACAGAAUAAUGACAUGACUAAGGCUAUGAUUCAACAAACCUUCUACAGGGGGAUCAACACUACCAAUCAACGCGUGGUCAACCAACUUGCUAGUGGGCAUUUCAUGACAAUGCCAUAUGCCGAAGCUUGUGAGAUUUUAGAUGAAAUGGCGGAUACUUCAUCGCCAUGGUAAAGUAGAGCUAAUGUUUCUCAAGGUGAUCCAAAUGUGAUUCACCUACACAAAGAAUUGCAUGAUCAUGGGAAAGCAAUUGCCAAGUUGACCACACCAAUGAAUCAAUUAGUCAAAGCUCAACUUCAACAAGUUCAAGGUCCUAAGCAAGUAAAUGCAAUGGAAGGUGUCAAUAUGAUGGUGAACA